AUGACAACUGAUUCGCCAGAUGAAGGCAUACUCAAAUUCGUCUUGUUCCAACUGAAACAUGUCAAAUUGUACAACCUACCUCGUAAUUUACUAAGUCAACUCAAAACGGGCAGUGGAAUUGACGAACAAGUUGAAUGCCUAUGGACAGGUUCUGUCAACUUGGUACGAGAAAUCAAGCAGGACAACUUGCAAAGAAUUAAACACGAUGAUCCCCAUACCAUUCCUGCAUUCACCCACCACCGAUUGAAAUUAGAGUUUGUGGGCUCAAAUUCAAAUGACGACAAUCUAUGGGGCGAGACGUGGUAUGCGCCAAUCAACAAAAACCUCAGAGCUGAGUUGGGACUAGAGCCGAAUAAAGAGGAUAUAGACACGGAAGUCGAGACUAGCCACGUGAAGAUGGAACAGAUUAUCGCUAUUGCUAAUGAUGGCACCGAUACCAUCCGUGAACUCUCGUAUGAAUUGGGCAUUGUGUCAACACAGUGGUUUAGAGUAAUUGUCCAAUUGCCUCACUCCGGGUACCAUCCAAAAAUCAGUGAUGCGCCAGAUGGGUCGUUUGAGGAGAAGAGCGAUGAUGGUGAUGAUGAUGACGAGAAAAAUGUGGUGCAGCAGGUGGCUUUACUUCUACGGUUCAAACAUGAUUUCGAAUCAGAUGAGUUUUUGGAACAAUUAGAAAAUUACAAUAUGAGAUACGAUCAUUUACAGCGACAAUACUAUUAUGACAAAUGGGCAGAGAUUUUGGAUCAAGAUACGGUUCUGAAUGGUGAUGAUGCUGAUGAUGAUGCUGAUGAUAAAUCCAAAGAGUCCGAGUUAGAUACAGGUGCUGAGGAUUUGAGUUUAGCUGAUAAUGAAAAUAACUACGAGGCCAAAGAUGGACAAGAACAUGCAGAAGUAAGCUCAGACAGUGAAGACGACGAUUUUGGUGAUUUUGUAAGUAAAUAA